AUGUGCGGCGGCAAAGGCAGAUACAGCUACGUGCUGGUGAAUGCGAAUUUGAUAGCGGGCUCCAAGGGCAGCAGCAGCAGCAGUAGCAGUAGCAGUAGCAGCGCUUCAUCGACAUCUUCAUCGCCGAGCGAUUCCGCCUCGCCGUCGGCUCAAUCUACGCCGGCACCGUCCGUCUCGCCGCAAGUCACGACGGUGGACGGCGUGGCACGAACCGUCACGAUUGUGCCGACGCAGACGGGCGACACCAACUCAUCGGGCAGCAACGACAGUGGAAUCAAGGUGCCGACCAUGCUGGGCAUCAUCUUCGGCUGCAUAGGCGGCGUCGCCGUCAUCGCCAUAGGCAUCAUCUGGUUCUUCUUCCGCCGGAAGCAGGAAGACGGCGACGCGGCUGCGAGCGUGAGCACUCCCGGCCGGUCUGGCGGCACCUCCAGGAGCUCCAUGGACAAUCUGUCCAACCCCUUCUCCGACUCGAGAGCUCACGGCCUGUACUCGUGGAGAAACAGGUCCGGCAGCUUGGAGUUUCUGCCGGAAAAGAGUACCACCCCUACGCUACGCGUGGCGAAUCCAGACCGCACGUAA